CGUUUAUUUUUUCCUCUUCAAUUUAAAUUCAUUUGAGAGCUUUGUGGAGCGAUUUUUUUCCAGCUAUGAAUGGCUAUAUUUCCCCUAGCUGGAGGAAUAUUUUAAAAGAUGAAAAACAUAAGUGAUUGUGUUGUUAAGAAAGUCUGACUACAGCUUAAAUAAGUAACUGUAACUAACCAGUCUUUGAGAGGUGAUUUCCACUUGAGCAAGACUAGAGGUGGAAUAUUUGAGGAGACAGAGAAGGGAUAUUCAUUAUGUAGUCCCUUUCUCUUGUAAUAAAGAACAGUCUUAUUGACAAAAAUACAGCUUGAGGGUAAAGGGAAAAGAUUGCUAUGGCAGAGCAAGGUUCAAUCUUGAUUAUUUGUCUGCCUUAGCUGUACUAAUUGCCAGUAUGAUAGCGUGGUUUCCUCCUUGGGAUGAAAUUGCAUGGAGUUGUUUGUGGAUUCGGACAUUGCAUAGGCAUCCAGGCUUUAGCAACCACUUUCUGUCCUGUAAAAUGUAAGGUUUACUUUAAUGAAGCUUGGAGGAAAGGACCAUCAUGUCUUUGUAUCUAUAUUUGUGCAUAUAUUUAUAGUCAUUAGAUUCACUUAAACUGUCUUUCGGGAAAGCAUUUUUGUCUCCCAAGCAUCCAUCUUGCAUUCUGCAAGGUAAUCCAGAAGCUGGGUGUCUGCACUGGACUGAAUUUACUGUUGGGUGGGAAGAUUAGUCCUAGUCCUGGCACAGCUGGUCCCUGUUUUGGCUGUCCUUUGUACCAUGCUCUUACUUACAUGGGAACACAUAAUCAGGUUGUGUGUUCCAUGCUAAAAUUGACUUUCCUCUUGAUAUGUCUUCACUUCCUCUUUUUUUGGACAUAUCUUAAGCAAUGUCUAUGUAAGUGAAGAGUAAUGCUGGCUGAAACCUGUUAAAAAUUUAACCACAUCCACUGAGUCAUGCCAUAGGAAUUUGCCUAGGAGGCUAAUCUCAAAGAUGUUUUGGGCUUUCUGGUAACCAAGGAAGCAGCUGUCCUCCACCCAAUAAAUGGGGGAGCAAAGAGAGGGAGUAUGACUUAAAAUAGGCAGUGGUGAUGUAUAUGUUUUUCCUUUGCAUCAGAUGCAUCGGAAUCUUUUGAAACAUCCUUUUCCCUAAAAGGUAUCUAUUCUCCUGUAUGAAGGUGAAUUAGUUUCAUAAGUCUCCAGUAAGUUAAGUUAUAAAAUACUGCAUUUUUCCUUGUCAGGCUUUUGAUGAAAGCAAGUGGCGUGUUUGUUUGUUUUUUUUUUUAUUUUUAAUGUAUAAACCAAAGAAGGCCUUUUUCUCUGAACCUAACAGAAAAAGAGGCACAGCAGAACAGAAGAGAACUUGCCAAUGGCUUCCAUCAUCACCAUGAUAUUAGAUAUCUUAUGGCAUUUCUAGCCCUGCAUUGUCUGAUGUUGCAAAAGCCAAUCCUUGGUGACUAAGACAUGGUGUUCUGUUUGGCUGCUUAUCAAAGUGGCUGCACCUACAAGCAAAUUUCAUGUGGUGUACUUGUACUGUACCUUAAUCCUCCGCUUACUUUGGUAUUAAUGUUUAAAAUUCCUGAUAGAACCAAAGAUUGCUGCUGUAGGAACUGCUAUAAACAUUUAAACAUAGUAACUUCAAUUAAAGCUUCUGUCAAAUCCUACAUGAUUAUUAAUUACCUGAAUUUUGUGUUGGCGUCAGAAGAGCUUCUGAGAAGUUCUGCUCUGCUCACUUUCCUACUACACACCUUUCAGUUCUUAUGGCUCUUUUCUUGCCUUCUGUUUCUUGACCUUGGACUUUUGGUAUGUUCUUGUUUACAGGUGCUGCAUGCAGUAAAAAUGUAGGUGAAUUUUUGAUCCACUGAUUAGGUAGAAUGAGUGAGUUACGAUGCAAAGGGAAUUAACUCAUAGAGAUGUAAAAUAAUGACCAUCACAACCUAUUGUCAAACUUCAGAUAUCUAGUCUUCAAUGUACAUGAAAUGUAAAAAUAGUAAUAGAAAAAAUUUUAAAAUACCAAUAAAUACUUGCUUCCAAUAAAAAAUACAAGUGGAAGAUAAAAUCAAAGCAGUAAGUGUGGGAAGUGCAGUUCUGUAUUUAUUAUUUUAAAAGUCUGAUCAAAGCCUAAGCUACAAGUAAUGAAGUAUGGAGAUAGUGUUAAACAGGGCAAUUUCAACUUUGUCCUUCUGCAGCAGCAUUUUUAGGUGUGGGAAAGUAGAGUUUGUUUAACCAGCUUGCUAACAAACAGCCUGAGCCAUUGUUAGAGAACUAGAAUGCUUUGAGUUUGUCUAUGUUGUGAAGUUUAUACAACACUUAUAAUUUAGAGUCUUACUGUGCUAAGAGCUUACUGAUUUCAUGUUUCUUUCUGAAACAUGCCUAUCUGCUUUUCUAGUGAAAAAUAGCCUUUGAUAUCAGUAACUUCCAAGAUCUGUUUUAAGUCUAUUAUUUGGGAAAAAAAAAUCUGGAUGUAGAAAAUUCAGCUGUAUAAAGGGUGAAAAAUUUCAUUCAUUCAGAGUAUCAUCCUUAUUGUUAGAAGUAGGUGUGUACAACUUCAUAAGAUGCUCUCUCUCUUUUAUGAUAGUCCAGUUUCAGUUGCAGCUAGGAAGAUUCAUAUGAAUCUUCCUAGCUGCAAACUCUUGCACUGGUAUCCUUACUGUUGUUCUCUACAGAAAGAAAUCCAAGAUGAAUAUGCUGCUAGACUGACUUAGCAUGAGGCCAGCUGCUCCCAUGGUGCAUAUCAGUUGUAAGCUUGGGCAAAUACAGAAAUCUCUUGGUAAAGAAGACAAACUGGAACACAGAACACAAACAAUGAGUAGGAGCAAAAUAGUUUGUUGAGUCAAACUGAAAUUUUUCUGGCAAAAAUUAAACACUCAGGAAGAAAAAAAUAGGCUUCACUUGAGUCAGUCCAAAAUUGUGAGAUAUCAUUAACACUGUUUUUUAAGAAAGGAAGCUUGUAUAUCCUUGUUUGUUCCUUAAGAUUAUUCUUUUCAGACCACAAGCCAGUGGUUUUAGACAAAUUUGUUAAAGCACUGAAAUUCGGUUUUACGGUGUUUAGAAAAUAAACAUGUUUAUUUUUUUUUCUGUAACUUUACUGAAUUCAGCAUCUCUGUACAAAUUGUUUUCAGUCCUGCUAAAUAAUUGUUUUUGGCAAACAUCUACUGGAGAAACAUCCAGUUCUAACAAGGGACGUCUGCUUUUCUGUUAAGGAGAAAUACAAGUUUAAAACAUGAAUGUAUUUAGGUUUAGCAUGAUUAUUUGUCUUCUGAAGUGCCAAGGCAAACUGAAAUGCCCUUCUACAUUCUUACUGCCUUUUAGUUUGCUUAUGACCACAGAAGUCGCACAGCCUGCCUACCCUUAACGGUGUGCACAAUGUCUUCUUGUGUGGGCCAUCAUCAAGGCAUAUACAUCUUCUUUUGUGUGACUUGUUCUCUGAAAGAAAGCCUUAGUUUCUCUUCCUUCUUUUCUUUUUGCCUGCUCUUAUGUUUUUUUGGCAUAGCACAUCUACUUUCGGCUUCUAAACUGAGCUGUUUCACAGGUUAACCUUUCUUGGCUUUAGCACUCACUUGCAGAAGUGAAGAUAUUCAGCUGAUGGCCUCUGUUCCCGUUAGUACCUGGCAGAUUUGGUAAGUGCCUUCUCUUUUACCUACUUCAGAGCCACGUGUUCACUGCCGAUUCAAUAAAUAACUCCUUGUUUGCCCAUGAAGCCUGUUAACCCUGAACUAAACCAAGUACGCCGCUGGGCCGCAGUGCAUUGAUUGGUGUGUUUGAAUGAGAGAGAGGUCUCUCUUAGGGCAUUAUUAGCAAGCAAUUCCACAAUUGUACAACUUUUUCUUCUCUGUACUAGCUCCCUGUCUGUCACCAGUUGUGAAGGCUGAUGGCAGGCAUCAGGAUAUGACUGCCUGCCUGCUGGCACUUAGGGUAUUUUUUUUUUUAUGAAGUAGAACCAAGUUUGUUGUGGAUCCUAAUUUGUUAUUUACAGCAAAAUACAUAUCACCACUUUACAUCUCUUUUUAAAGAUCUGUUCAUGAUCACUCAGAAUCAGCCUAGGCCACUUCACCCAGCCUAGGUGGAAAAUGGCACUGCCAGUUAAUUUUACUGGUCAGCUCUUAGAGUGGGACUGCAAGUAUACCCUUAGGAUAUUUUCACACAUAGCAUAAUGAGAAAUCAGGACCAUAAUUACUGGGUGUCAGAUAAUAAUCUUGCCCAGUUGGAAGAUGCAGACCUGCUCUUAGUGCUAAAAGAUAUUUCUUAGGCUUCUCUUUCCUUGCUUGAUUUUCAUUUGGCAUUUCAGUAUCAGUACAUCCCACAGGUACUGCUUUAUUUUAGAAGUAGCUUUGUUCAUUGUGCUGCAGAGAUUGUCAUGCCAGCCUGCAAUGGGCCCACAUUCCGCUACAUGAUGUUUUGAUGUUGUUGACUUGAAAUUUACACUUGAGUAUGUCAGUAAGCAACGAGGGUAAAAUAUGGAGUUUGCAGCAUGUGCAGUGCUGUGAAGUAGAAGAAAAGAUCACAGCUAAAUAUAUGAAUAACCAAUAAAGUUUCAUUGUCUUGGAAGAUUCCAGCCUGAAAGAAUAUAUUCUGUAGUCACUUGUCAGGGACUAAUAGUAAUAGCUUGCAGGCAACCAAUACUAAUUUUUUAAAAAUUAUAUGUAUGUAUUAGACUUUCACAACAUUAGACAGGAUAUAAUUGCAGAUAUUAGAAAUUAAUGAUCAGGUGGAAGGGAACAGCAUCUUUGGAUGAUUUUCAGAACACUGAAACUUCAUAAAGCCUAGAGGAUACAAUGUUAUGGAAUAGCUUAAAUAAAAGAAAAAAACCUAAGGCUGCUGCAGGUGAUUUCAGGCAGGUCAAUUUUAUAUUGAUACUUAAAAUGUGAGAAGAGGAGAAAAUAAGCAAGCAGCCAGUAUUGGAUUUCUUGUUCUUAAAGGAUUAAAGAAGGGUAACAAAUGGUAGUCGGUGUAGCUUAAUGGAAAGUAUCUCUAGUUCAAUUCAAUACUGAUCUUUAAAAUUAUCAAUAUAAUCAGCCACACUUACGAAAGAAAUUCUUACCAUUAGAGUGAUGCUGUAUAAUUCGUUGAGUAAGAAAUUUCAAAAACACAGCUCCCAAAUUCCUCAAAAUGGAUAAAAGGGAAGUAACCAAUUGAUGUAAGCUUUGAUGAUUCCCAGCUCACAGGCACAAAGCAGGGGGCGUUCAUCAUGUAAUCUGAGUAUUAAUUUUUAGCCUGCAUUAUUGUAGCUUUUUAUUCAAAGGAAAAAUUCUUAGAAGCCUACUUAUAAUGGAUAUUUCUAUCGCAAACACUUAGUUCAUUAAACAGAAUCACAGGAAGGUUUGUUUAAAGAAAUAUACCAUGAUGUUCGUAGUCGUGUGCUAAGUGAGCACGAUUGUUCUCAGGUUUCUGCACCAAAUGAUCCUGAUGUUUGGUAGUGAGCAUUUAGCUGUUGGUCUUCAUCAAUUUUUUCUUUUUGAGCCAUCUCCCCUAUGUCUUUCAAGUUCUUAUGUCUUAUCCAUAUAGUUUGGAUAGAAUUAACCAACCUGCCAGUUAGGCCAUUCUGCUGUUAAAAAUUGAUCAGGUUUUCCUUUGCAGUAGUCCAAAAUGAAAUGUUGUUCUUUUUGUCUAGUCCUGGACUUGGGGUUAUUUUCAUUUGGGAAUUUAGGUAAUUUUUUCAUUAAAAUAUUAGGAAAACAUUAUUGAAAAUGUUAUUUUCAUUUUCUGGCCACAAUAAAAAUAGAUAGGAUAUUUUCUUUUUCUAGUAAUUGAGUGUGUGGGAAACAUGAUCAACAAUUUACUUGUUGUUUUGACCAGCUUCUUAGUACUGGCAAAAGCAGGGAAACAUUUUUGGUAAUACAGUUCACAUUGGUAAUUAUCUUAUCAAAAGGUAUUUUCCUAAUAAUUUCUUGUUAGAUAAAUGCCAACAGACCCUAGUCAAAACUAGAUUAAAGUCUCCUGUCUGACCUGGUCAGACUAGAUUAAAAGUCUCCUGGCUGCCUCUGAGAAGCCCAUUGGCUUUUACCUGAGGUAUUUGGGAGUGUAGUGGGAAUCAAGCUGAAGCUGGCAACAUUUGGAAGGGCGGCUGUUCUGAGCAUGCAGUGCAUGGUGAUCUGAACAAGAUUUUAGCUCUGCAUCCAAUUCUACUCCCUGUGCCUAAUCCUUCAGUAUUUUGCUUUUAACCUGGGAAUGAUUUCUUUGGAGGUGUAGCAUCUACCUGGGAAAUUUCCAUCAGUGCCAGCCAUGUGGUAGGUUUCUGUUUUUUGGGAAGAUAGAAAAUAUCCUUCUUCCUAACCACCUAAGUCAAACAUCCUGUAAUUGACACAAUCUAAAUAAUCUUCUGCCUCUGAUAUCCUGCUGCUUCAGUACACAAUGACCCAACCACCUAGUGAGGCUGAAGCUGCUUCUCCUUGGUGCUUGUCUCAUGCGAGGUGGUGUGGAGGAGGGGAAAGAAGAGCAGCUUUAACAGGCAUCUCUAUCAUGACUCUGCACUGCUUGCAGCUUUUUCUCUUGCUUCUGCUUGGUUCAUGGUGGCCAGACUCAGAGCAGCAUGUGGCGGGAGCUGUGAAGGUCAGGGAGCACUAUAUAGCUGCACAGAUCACGAGCUGGACCUACAAACCACAACCUGAGGAAAAGUCCAGAUUGGAACAUUCAGAUCCUGUAUUUAAGAAAAUUUCUUACAGAGAAUAUGAAGUGGAUUUUAAAAAAGAAAAACCAGCAAAUACAUUUGCAGGACUUCUGGGACCAACCCUGCGUGCUGAAGUGGGAGAUACUUUAGUGGUUCACCUUAAAAAUAUGGCUGACAAGCCAGUCAGUAUUCAUCCUCAAGGCCUAGUUUACAGCAAAAAUGAAGAAGGCUCCCUGUAUGAUGACAGAACAUCACCUGCAGAAAAACGAGAUGACGCUGUACUUCCAGGCCAGCUCUACACAUAUGUGUGGGAUAUACCAGAAGAAGUUGGUCCAAGAGAAGCUGACCUUCCUUGUCUUACUUAUGCUUAUUAUUCUCAUGAGAACAUGGCAAUGGAUUUUAACUCUGGUCUGAUUGGAGCAUUGCUGAUCUGUAAGAAAGGAAGUCUAAAUGAGGAUGGGUCACAGAAACAUUUUGACAGGGAAUAUGUACUGUUGUUUGGUGUGUUUGAUGAGAACAAGAGUUGGCAAACAUCAGCAUCAGUCAAGUAUACAGUUAAUGGCUAUACUGAUGGAACGUUACCAGAUUUAGAGGCUUGCACAUAUGACAACAUUAGCUGGCACUUGAUAGGAAUGAGUUCCAAGCCAGAAAUCUUCUCCAUUCAUAUCAAUGGCCAGUCCAUGGAGCAAAAACAUCGUCGAGUUUCUGCUGUUAAUUUGGUGGGAGGAGCCUCAACCACUGUAAACAUGACAGUGACUGAGGAAGGAAGGUGGCUCAUAUCUUCUCUUGUCCAAAAGCACCUGCAAGCUGGAAUGCACGGUUACCUCACUGUAAGGGACUGUGGGGACAAAGAGCUGAAGAAGAGUCGUCUCUCCUAUAGAGAACGUCUUAUGGUCAAAACCUGGGACUAUUUCAUUGCUGCAGAAGAAGUUACCUGGGAUUAUGCCCCAAGUAUUCCAGACACCCUUGACAGACACUAUAAAUCACAACACUUGGACAACUUCUCCAAUCUCAUAGGUAAAAGGUAUAAAAAGGCUAUUUUUACACAAUAUACUGAUGCCAGCUUCACUAAACGUCUGGAAAAUCCUCGUCCCAAGGAAACUGGAAUCUUGGGCCCUAUUAUCAGAGCUCAAAUCAAUGAUAAAGUCAGAAUUGUAUUCAAAAAUAAGGCCAGUCGACCCUACAGUAUUUAUUUCCAUGGAGUGACACUUGCAAAGAAUGCAGAAGGAGCUGAUUAUCCUCUGGAUCCCACAAGCAAUGGCACCCAGAGUAGAGGAGUUGAACCAGGGAACAUGUACACUUAUGAGUGGAAAAUUGCUAAAACAGAUCAACCCACUGCAAAGGAUGCACAAUGUAUUACAAGGCUGUAUCACAGUGCUGUAAAUAUUGAGAGAGAUAUAGCUUCUGGACUGAUUGGCCCACUUCUGAUUUGUAAAAGUGAAGCACUGACGCAAAAGGGUGUGCAGAAAAAGGCAGAUGAGGAGCAGCAGGCAGUGUUUGCUGUGUUUGAUGAAAAUAAGAGCUGGUACCUAGAGGAUAACAUCAAAGAGUACUGCAGCAACCCAGCCACUGUUAAAAGGGAUGAUCCCAAGUUCUAUAACUCGAACAUAAUGCACACAAUAAAUGGCUAUGUGUCUGACAGCAGUGAAAUCCUUGGGUUUUGCCGAGAUACUGUGGUUCAGUGGCACUUUUUCAGUGUUGGCACUCAUGAUGAGAUUGUCUCUGUUCGCCUUGCUGGACACUUUUUUCUGUAUCAAGGGAAAUACGAGGAUACAUUGAGCCUUUUCCCAAUGAGCGGAGAAUCAGUCACAGUGGAAAUGGACAAUGGUGGUACUUGGCUUUUGGCAUCCUGGGGCACCCCGGAAAUGAGUUAUGGCAUGAGGCUGAGAUUCAGGGAUGCGAAGUGUGACUAUGAGGAAGAUGAAACAUUUGAUUUUGUGGCUUUAAGUCCCACCAAGACUGAAAGAAAGGCUGUUACUACCUCAGCUGAGGAAGUUGUGCAGGAAAAUGAAGAAAACAAGGAGGAAUCAGAUUACCAAGAUUAUCUUGCUUCUUUUUACUCCAUCCGAGGCUCAAGAAAGGCAGCAGGUGAUGAAGAAAAACAGAAUCUUACAGCACUGGCCUGGGAGCAGUAUGAAGACACUGAUGUCACAAGUUCUGAAGUGGCAGUUGGCUCAGGUUGGACAGCUAUAAAUAGCAGUGGAACAACAAACAACUCUAAGUUCUUAGAAACUCAUAUCACUCCUCUUCCCCCAGUCAAGGCUGAAACAUUCCAUUCAAAUCACACAUCAGUCACAGCAGAAAAGGAUUUAUUUUUAGCUUCCACAAGUGAUGGAGAAGCUGACUUGGUAUUUGAGAAUAGAAACCAAAGCAACUAUGAAAUAGCUCACAAUAAUAUGUCUGCAGAUGAACACUUGCUGAGCAAUGGGGAAGGCCCAGUGAAUAUUGCAGGAGAGCUUCCAGCUGGUGGAAAGGACAGUAAACCUUUUCCAGAAGAACAUCAAGAGCAAAGCACAGGAAGAGGAAAUUAUACCACUAACAAGAAAAGGAGAAGGCGAAGCUCUCUGGCCAUUAAGUUUUACUCUGUCCAAAAGAUGAAUGCCCUUCUAAAUCAUAUCCGAAAUAAAAAUGUCUCAUUUUCUGACAAGACUUAUGCACCUCAUGGUGUGCAUCAUACAGAGAACACAUCCAAUGAAGCCAUGAUGGGAACUGGCCAACUGCCAAAUGAAUAUGAUGAUGAUCUGGAAGAGGAGGGAAAGAAGAUGGAAAAUGCCAUGCACACAGUUAACUUGACACUGGAUUUGGACCUCAUAGUAGGAGAUGGGUCUAAUGCAUCCAGCCUUUCUGAACCCAGGAUAUCCAAAGAUAAACCGGCAGAUGUUGUUUCUUUAGAAUAUAUGUUAGACAAUAAAAACCCUAAUUCCAGUCCUGCUGUAGUGAAGAACUUAGUAGAAGCAUCAUUGCCCGGGGCCAGGAAAUAUUCAUCUAAAAUGACUAGUGAGGAAUGGAAUUUGGCGUCUGCAAAGAUGAUUCCAGGAUUAGAGCCAAGCUUAGAUAAAUCUGCUGGUGAUAAGUUAAAUCAUCAUGGCAGAAAUGGUACAGCAUCCAUAAAUAAGGAGGAUAUGAAGAAGUAUCAAGGGUUCUCACAUCUAAUGGGGGAAAACCAGAAAGGGAGCCACAUUCACCUAACUCAGAAAGGAAAGGAGGGAAACAACAGUACCUUGACUUUAUCUGGAACCUUCAUCAAGAUCCGAAGGAGAAAGAAGGAAGACGCAAAAAUUACCUACUUGCUGCGCCCACGGAGUAGAUACCCCAAAAAGCCCAGCAAUUCCAUGGCAGGGUUUGGCCGUGUGUUGUUUCCGGGUGGGACCAACCACACAGCAGCGCCGUGUUGCACAGAUGCCACCAAGGCAGCCAGUGAGGCCAGCCAGAGGGUGGAUGUGAACAGAGCCAGGCACGGAGAGUCUCUGGGUGACACCCUCAGCCCGCGGCAGUUCAGGCCAUCCAUCACAAUCGGGCUUCCCCGAGCAGACGGCGACUACGAAUAUGUGAUAGGAGAAUCCUACAGCGAUGAGAGCUCGGGCGGGGAAUACGAGUACCAUUAUGUGAGCUUUGAUGACCCCUACAUGACAGACCCCAAGGUGAACAUCAGCAGGCAGCGUAACCCUGACGACAUUGCUGAGCACUACCUGCGCAGCAGAGGAAAUAAGAGAAGAUACUACAUUGCAGCUAAAGAGGUCUGCUGGAACUAUGCAGGAUAUAAGAAAAGUGCAAUGAGGAAUGACAAAACCUGUAAAGAUGGCAGCAGACAUAAGGUGAUUUUCCAGAGCUAUACAGACAGUACCUUUUUGACUCUUCAGGAUGAAGAUGAAUAUACAGAACAUCUUGGCAUCCUGGGACCAGUUAUUCGGGCUGAAGUGGACGAUGUUAUCCUAGUUCAUUUUAAGAAUCUGGCAUCCAGACCAUAUUCUCUCCACGCCCAUGGAGUCCUCUAUGAAAAGUCCUCUGAGGGAAGCGUUUAUGAUGAUGAAUCUACUGCUUGGUUUAAAGAAGAUGAAGUUCAGCCUAAUAACAGCUACAUAUAUGUAUGGUACGCAAACCGGCGAUCAGGCCCUGUGCAGUCAGGAGCAGCUUGUCGGUCCUGGAUCUACUACUCUGAUUUAAACCUGGAGAAAGACAUUCAGUCUGGUUUGAUAGGGCCAAUACUGAUCUGUGAAAAAGGAUUCUUCAGCAAAUCAAACAGCAGCAGGACAUAUACCCGAGACUUCUUCUUGCUUUUUAUGGUCUUUGAUGAAGAGAAAAGCUGGUACUUUGACAAACAUUCUGGAAGGCCUUGUAAUGAGAAGACACAAGAAACGCAGCAAUGCCACAAAUUCUAUGCUAUUAAUGGGAUUACCUACAAUUUGCAAGGCUUGAGGAUGUAUGAAGGUGAAACAGUCCGAUGGCACUUGCUGAAUAUGGGUGGCCCAAAAGACAUUCAUGUUGUUCAUUUUCAUGGACAGACUUUCAUAGAACAAGGAGAGCCAGAGCAUCAGCUUGGUACAUACACUCUCCUCCCAGGCUCAUUUAGAACAAUUGAAAUGAAACCACAGAGACCUGGCUGGUGGCUUUUAGACACUGAAGUAGGGGAAUACCAACAAGCAGGAAUGCAGACAUCCUAUUUGGUUAUAGAGAAAGAGUGCAGGAUUCCAAUGGGCCUGGCAAGUGGGGUUAUACUUGAUUCACAGAUUGAUGCUUCACAUCACAUAGACUAUUGGGAACCUAAGUUAGCCCGAUUAAAUAAUUAUGGAACAUACAAUGCUUGGAGUACUACAAUGGAGGAAGAACUCCCUUGGAUCCAGGUGGACUUUCAGAGACAAGUUUUGCUCACUGGGAUACAAACACAGGGAGCCAGGCAGUUUUUAAAGUCCUUGUACAUCCAGAAGUAUUUUCUUGUUUACAGCAAAGACAAACGGACAUGGAGCACCUUCAAAGGAGACAGCUCACCAACAAGAAAGAUUUUUGACGGUAAUUCCAAUGCCUAUGAUGUAAAAGAGAACAGCAUUGAUCCCCCUAUUAUUGCUAGGUACAUCAGACUCUACUCCACUGAGGCCUACAACAGGCCUACUCUUCGCAUGGAGCUUCUGGGCUGUGAAGUAGAUGGUUGCUCUUUGCCACUUGGAAUGGAAAGUGGAGAGAUCAAGAAUACCCAGAUAACAGCCUCAUCUACUAAGACAUCCUGGUUUAACACAUGGGAUGCUUCACUUGCUCGUCUCAAUCAGAAUGGAAAGAUGAAUGCCUGGCGAGCCAAGUUUAACAACAACCAACAGUGGCUGCAAAUCGAUCUCCUCACAGUUAAGAAGAUCACUGCUAUUGCUACGCAGGGGGUCACAUCUAUGUCAGCUGAAAACUUUGUGAAAACCUAUGUUCUUCUGUACAGCAAUGAAGGCUCUGAGUGGAAAUCCUACACAGAGGGUUCAAGCUCAAUACCAAAGGUUUUCUUGGGUAAUACAAACAGCAAUGGACACAUCAAGAAUUUUUUUAACCCACCCAUCCUGUCCAGGUUCAUCCGCAUUGUUCCAAAAACAUGGUACCGUGGGAUUGCCCUUCGGGUCGAACUCUAUGGCUGUGAUUUUGGUGGGGGUCUGGCUGUGAAAAGGACUGAUGAGUCUGGGGGCACUUAACCUGCCAGCAGUCAUCAUGCAGAACAACUUGUUUGUUGAAAAGCCCUUAAAACAGUCACACUUAGUAGUUUGGAUGUGUGCUUUGUCAAAUGAACAUAAUGUUUUACCAGCAGGACUGAGAGAUUUCUCUGGAAGGUGUUUCAUUCCUACAAAUACACACUUUAGAAAACAGCUUCUUUUCUCCGGAAGAAAUAGUAGUCCCUUCUGAUUAGUAUUAUCACUUCUUCAUUAUAACCAGUACUCUGUCUUAUUUUUACUUAAAAUUAAGUCCUAAAUCCCUAGGAAUGGAGACUCUGGCCUUGAUCCUGAGCCCUGACUAUCUCCAUUUUGUAAUGCUUUUGCAGCAGAUAAGGAAUAGAAAGCUAUAGCAGGUAGAUGUUCUCCAUACAUAAGGCUGAGAGGGAAAACCAGUGCUUAUCUGGAGCUGUGGUGCUGUGUUCCAGCAGUGCCUUGGUGAGAAAUGAUUGUAGGGCUGGCCUCUCCUCCAUGUCUUUCACCUACACUGUGGCAAAGGCUAGACAUGUCUCAGCAUUCAGGUAUAUGCAACCCCUUCUCAGAGAAUGUGUACUGGCGUUGUUGGUUUGGUUCUUGCAUACCCAGUACAAAGGACUGGUGUGGAUUUCACAGAAUUCAUCUUUAGUGCCCUGGAAACGGAAAAGGGGAUCAGCAGUGCCUUUCCAUCCCAGAAACAAGAAGGGAAGUGAUUUAACCUGGCAGGUCGUGGAACAGCAAUGGGAGAACCAAAACAAGAAUUCAGAACUCCUGAUGCUUAGUCCCGUAUACACUUUUAAACUGUUGGUUCAGGGAGCUCCUGUGAUGCGGAAAGCUUUGAGAACUGCAGCUGUUCAGUGACAGUACAGCCUGGUGGUGGCAGAGGAGGAUUAGACGAAACUGGGUAACAGAAACAGCUGCAUCUUCUCUUACAAUUUAACAGUGUUUCACUAAUGGAAAUACUCUUGUGCAUAGAUUUCACGUGGAUUUUUCCCAGGAUAACUACAUCUGAAAAUAGAUACACAGUCCAUGAACUCAUUAUUCCAGCAGAAUUUUAGCUAAGCUUUCAGUAGUGUUCUGGACUUCUAUCCUGUAAAUUGUUUAUUUGCAGCACUUCACUUAUAACACUAGAUACCAUUCAGCAGGCUGGAUUUUUAAAGUAGUUUGUAUUUGAACCUUGGUUGGUGUUAGCCAGUUUUAUUUCAGUAGUUUUUAAUUUCUUUUUCCUACAGAACUUGCAUUUUAAAGAGAAGGUAUAGAAUAGGAGUAAAAAAAGUGUAAAAACUAAACAAAUAUUUUCUUCUAUUUUGGUUUUUUUUUUUUUCCUAUGUCACAAACUGUUGUAAUUCUCCACUGGAAAAUAAAGCUAAUUUUGUAGCAUGAAAGGCAUCAACAUUUUAUUUUGUAUAUUUGCCUCUACAGUAGUAGCUCUGGUAAUAGUGAAAGUUUGCAACAGGAAAGUAAAAUUUUCAGUGCCAAUUAGAAUUAAUUUCAAAUGGUGAAUCAGUAUGAGCAAUUGCUUCAUCUUUAAAGGUUGGUUUCUCAGUAUUUUGUAAUUGUGUUUAAUUUAUGUUGGUUUGACACCACCAUGAAAUUGCAACACAAGCCAUAUUCACAAAAAAAAAAAAAAAAAAGACAUGUAAACUUUGGAUUGAGGUUUUACCUUGGAAAACAGACAAUAAAUGCUUGCUGAAUUCAGCAGAACCAA